AUGCUUCACAAGGUACUAUUUCGGGCCGCUACCAGGAGCCUGAAAAACUCUAGGCGUCAUGUCUCUAAUAAUCAAUUAGACCUGUCCAAGCUCACGCAACGGGAGAUCCAACAGCUCCGGACCAUGAAAUUUCAGCAGGAUAGAAAAUUCAGGGAUCGUACCGCUGCGUAUUAUUUCACCAGCAUAGCAGUGGUGUUUCUGGGACUGGCGUAUGCUGCUGUCCCGCUUUACAGAGCGAUCUGCGCAAGGACCGGUUGGGGAGGCAUACCGAUUACAGACAAACGUAAAUUCACGGACGACAAGUUGAUCCCGGUUGAGAGUGAUAAGAGAAUCAGAGUCUCGUUUACAAGUGAGGUUUCUCAAAUUCUACCCUGGAAGUUCACGCCCGAGCAGCGCGAAGUUCGAGUUUUGCCCGGAGAAACAGCUCUUGCCUUCUACAAAGCCAAGAACACUAGCGACAAAGACAUUAUUGGUAUGGCUACUUACAGUAUUACACCUGGCGAUUCUUCGCCCUAUUUCAAUAAAAUUCAGUGUUUCUGCUUCGAAGAGCAGAGACUAGCAGCAGGCGAAGAGAUAGAUAUGCCAGUGUUCUUUUUCAUCGAUCCUGACUUCGCCAGUGACCCCAAGAUGCGCAACAUCGAUGAUAUUGUGCUACAUUAUACUUUUUUCAGAGCCCAUUACGCCAACGGCGGUGCCGUUAGUGAAAGUGCAAGCCCCGAGGUUAUGGAUGCUACCAAACAGCCUCAAUAA